GCCAGCGUUUCCUGGAUCAGACAUGGCUGCGGAGGGAGAGGAGGGAAAUGCAAGCGCGGCAGCCGUGAGCCCUGCGCAUCCACAGGACCACAAACGGCCCAGCCAUGGAGGGAACCAGACAGGCAAGAAUUUCACGUCCUCACAAGAUAAGUGAAACGUCAAAGGUGUACAAAUGGGCCGACCACUCCAGCCUGGUUCUUCAGAGCUUGAACGAACAGCGGAACCAGGGCCUCUUCUGUGACAUCAUUCUGGUGGCGGAAGAGCAGAGAGUUCCGGCCCAUCGGAACAUCCUGGCUGUCUGCAGUGACUACUUCAACUCCAUGUUCACCAUUGGCAUGCGGGAGGCCUACCAGAAGGAGGUGGAGCUCUUUGGCGCCUCCUACAUCGGCCUCAAAGCCAUCGUGGAUUUCCUCUACGGCUGCGACCUGUCCCUGGACGGUGGGAAUAUCGACUACGUUUUGGAAACGGCCCACCUGCUGCAGAUCUGGAAGGUGGUUGACUUCUGUUGCGAGUACCUGGAGAACGAGGUGAGCGAGGAGAAUUACCUGUACCUCCAAGAGCUGGCCUCCAUCUACAACCUCCGGCACCUGGACGCCUACAUCGACACGUUCAUCUUGCGGAACUUCGGCACGCUCUCCUUCACGUCGGAUUUCCUGCAGAACGUUUCUAUCCAGAAGCUGUGCCAGUACCUCGCCAGCAACAACGUCCAACAGGAAUGCGAGCACGAUCUGCUACAGGCCGCCCUGCAGUGGGUGACGCAGUAUCCGGAAAGGGAGACCGAGGCCUACCGGAUCUUGGAAAACAUUCACUUCCCCUUGAUCCCCAAGAGCGACCUCCUGCACCGGGUCAAGCCGGCCAUCUGCUCUCUCAUCCCCAAAGAGACCAACUGCGAGAGUUUUGUCGAAGAAGCCGUCAACUAUCACAACAACGUCACCGCUCAGCCGGUCCUGCAGAACAAGAGAACCGUUCUCCGGGCGAGUGAAGAGAAGCUUCUCUUUGUCGGCGGGGAGGUGUCGGAACACUGCCUGGAGCUGAGCGACGACACCUGCUUCCUCGACGCCAAGAGGGGGCAGUGGGUGAGGGAGACACACCUCCCUGCCAGGCGGAGCCACCACUGCGCCGCAGUGCUGGGCGGAUUUAUUUUCGUCGCAGGCGGCAGCUUUUCACGAGACAAUGGGGGCGACGCGGCGUCCAAUCUUCUAUAUAGGUAUGACCCUCGGUGUAACCAAUGGAUAAAGCUAGCUUCCAUGAGACAACGCCGAGUGGACUUCUAUCUGGCCGCUGUAAAAGAUAUGCUUGUGGCUGUUGGUGGGAGGAAUGAAAAUGGAGCGCUCUCAUCUGUGGAGAUCUACAACCCUGAGAGAGAUGACUGGAUGUACGUCGCAGGCCUGCCGAGGUUUACCUACGGUCACGCUGGAGCGGUCCACGAUGAAUUUGUCUACAUCUCGGGGGGUCACGAUUAUCAAAUCGGUCCCUAUCGCAAAAACCUGCUCUGCUACGAUUAUCACACGGACGUGUGGGAAGAGAAGCGGCCCAUGAUCACUGCCCGGGGCUGGCACAGCAUGUGCACCUUGGAGGAGAACAUCUACUCCAUCGGCGGCAGUGACGACUACCUGGAGACCAUGACCCGCUUUGACAUUCUGGCCGUGGAGUCUUACAGCCCGCAGUGCAAUCAGUGGACCCGUGUGUCUUCUCUGCUGGAAGCCAACAGUGAGUCUGGAGUGGCUGUUUGGGAAGGCAAGAUCUACAUCCUCGGGGGAUACAGCUGGGAGGACACGGUCUUCUCCCGAACGGUCCAGGUGUACGACAAAGAGAGGAAUAAGUGGCAGAAAGGGGCAGACCUUCCGAAAGCCAUCGCCGGGGUUUCCGCUUGCGUCUGUGUGCUGCGAUCGAGGUCGGACGACAAAAAGAAGAAGGCGAAGAGCAAGCGCCAUCAGGAUCAAGGGAGAUGAUGGCUCGCCCUCGGAGGACGGAUGUGUACAAAUCCUCGACUGAAUGAAUACCCUGUCUUCUUCUUCUUUUUUUUUCUUUCUUGCCCACUGAGGAACAGCUUCGGGGAACUGUAGGAGAGGAACGACAAACGUGUCUCUGUCCAUCAGGCUGGGGAAUACCCUGUGAUAAGUGUUAACUGCAGUCCAAGCGAGAAGGACAGUUGGAUGAUUUGCUACCCAGACAUCUGCCGAAGACGGUGGUGGGUGGAGAAGGGAGGGUGGACACCAGCCUGGGGGUGCUGGCAGGAAGCGGGAGGCCAGAGAGAGAAGCCACCCUGAGUCUGCUUUGGCGGGGGGGGCAUGGUAUAAAUCAAUCAAAUGAAUAAAUAAAUGCCGAAACGGGUUGGAUUCUGCUCUAGCAGAUCACAGACCUGUGCAUCUCAUUGGCCGGCUGGAGCCUUAAGGUGGAAGGAUGUCUUCAGUGGCAGAUGAUGCUUUGAUCCAGAAGGGGCGGGG